GUCAUUAUCAACUGCAUACACAGAUCUGUAGUAGCCCAGGGGUGGGGGUGGGGUGGAGUUGGAGGAGCGGGACCAUCCCGUGCAUCUUUGUCUCUCGGAGAGGGUGGAGGUGGGGAUUUAAGAAGAUUGACAUCCCGAUGCGCGCUUCCUCCCAGCAGCUCCAGUCUCCAAGCGCAGACCUAGAAGGAGACACAGGCUGGUGGCCACCAGCCAAAUCAGGUUUGGGCGGCGAGGGAGGAGGGGCAGGGGCCCCGGGAGGUGGCCUUUGCGACUCUGGGGCCACUCCUGCAGACUCUGGUCCCGCGAGCGCGAGCUAGAGGCAUAAAAGGCCCGGGCGGGUAAGGGCGGGCCUGCGACGGGAGGUGGGCUCCAGACCACUCCACCCCACCCCCCAACCUGUUGCGGGGCGCAGCGGGCUGGAGAGAUGGGCCGUUACUCCGGCAAGACGUGCCGGCUGCUGUUCAUGCUGGUGCUCACAGCGGCCUUCUUCGUGGCCGAGCUGGUGUCGGGUUACCUGGGCAACUCCAUCGCGCUGCUCUCGGACUCGUUCAACAUGCUGUCCGACCUGAUCUCGCUGUGCGUGGGCCUGGGCUCCGGCUACAUCGCGCGGCGCGGUUCCCGCGGCUCCGGCGCCACCUACGGCUACGUGCGAGCCGAGGUGGUGGGCGCGCUCAGCAACGCCGUCUUCCUCACUGCACUCUGCUUCACCAUCUUCGUGGAGGCCGUGUUGCGCCUCGCGCGGCCCGAGCGCAUCGACGACCCGGAGCUGGUGCUCAUCGUGGGCGCCCUGGGGCUGGCGGUCAACGUGGUGGGGCUGCUCAUCUUCCAGGACUGCGGCUCCUGCUUCUCCCGCUGCGCGCGGGGUCGCCGGACCCGCCCUUCGCAGCCUCCGCCGCGCCAGGGGGACCCUUGUGGCGCUUUGGGGUGUCCACAAGAGGCUGCGACAGCCACAGCUCCCGGCUUGGGCACAGCAGUGACUCUCCGGGGGGCCUCGGCCGGAAGAAAGCAGCAGGAGGGCGCGACCGUGUUCUCGAAUGUAGCAGGUGAUUCUCUGAACACCCAGAAUGAGCCAGAAGAGACGACGAAGAAAGAGAAGAAGUCGGAAGCACUGAAUAUCAGAGGUGUUCUUUUGCACGUGAUGGGAGAUGCCUUGGGGUCUGUGAUUGUGGUCGUCACGGCUAUUAUAUUCUAUGUUAAGCCCCUGAGACCUGAAGACCGGUGUAACUGGCAAUGCUACAUCGACCCCAGUUUGACUGUUGUCAUGGUCAUCAUUAUUUUAUCGUCAGCUUUCCCACUGAUCAAGGAGACUGCGGUCAUCCUGCUGCAGAUGGUCCCCAAGGGAGUCAACAUGGAAGAGCUGAUGAGCCAGCUGUCUACCGUGCCUGGGAUUAGCAGUGUGCAUGAAGUGCACAUCUGGGAACUGAUAAGUGGGAAGAUCAUUGCCACCUUGCACAUCAAGCACCAGAAGGGCACGGAAUACCAGGAUGCCAGCAGAAAAAUCCGCGAGAUCUUCCACCAUGCUGGGAUCCACAAUGUGACCAUACAGUUUGAAACCUUGGACCUGAAGGAAGCCCUGGAGCAGAAGGACUUCUUGCUGACCUGCAGUGCCCCCUGUGUCUCCCAGAGUUGCGCUAAGAAGCUGUGCUGUCCCCCAGGGACACUGCCUCUGGCUCUUGUCAAUGGUUGUGCAGAGCAUAAUGGUGGGCCCCCUCUAGAGUCUUACCGAAGCAUAGAAGCUCCAGAAGUGUCCAUCGAUGUGGCUUUGGAUGGCUGUCCGAGGGAACAGGGACAGACGUUCAGCAAGACUCAAGAGAGACAACACUAUGAAAACAGCACUCAUUUUUAGUGGGUUCCCACACAAAUCUAACUGUCUGAACAGACACUUUGGUGUCACCGGCUCUGCUUGUGGGAAGAGCUGUAUGGGUGUGUAUUCUGUCAGUAGGGGUCAGCCGUUUGAGAUGUUAGUGGAACAAGCAGCAGAUUUUUCAAGUGGUGGAUAACCCCUUUUCAGUACCCUGGACAUCUCCUGGUUCUCUGUGACAGUUUCAGUACGGACGUGGAUUUCCUAAAGCAGAUUGCCCUAGUGUAUAUAUCAGGAGUGGAAGGACUCAGUAACUAUGACAUGAGACUCGAAGUCGGUCUUGUCUGUCUUGGGGUGCUUGGGGAAUUGCGUACAGGGCUCGUGCAUGCUAAGGAACUGCUCUGUUACUGAGAUGAACGCUGUAGUCUUCAUGUUUAAACCCAUCAGAACUUCUAGCUGACUCUCAAGUGAGCUCACAGCUUAAGUGGGCAGAAAAGAAGUUAAGCACCUUACCUAUGUUUUCCUCUCUUUCCCUCCAAGAUCAGAAAAGAUGAACGUCAGCUAUUUGUGGCACUGCAGAAAUAUCUAUUCUUAAGUCCAUUCUUGGGCCGUGAGAAAUGGACACCUAAUAAAUAAAUGCAAAAUGCAUAGCUAGUAAGAUGGAAAGACAGACUGCUUCUUAAGGCAGGAAGUGCUCUUAAGACAUUAGAUGGGGUAGGCUUUGCUAGGGUGGAUGGAAUGGUGGGGUCUGGACUGUCUCGUUGUUUUGUGAGGUGGCUAAUGUUUACUUCCUGCUGGAACUAAACUGCAACUAUGGUGGGUUCCUUCUCCUUUUCUUAUUUACUUAUUUAUCAUCUCUAAAAGUUUCCAGGUAGGAUUGUUGUCACAUCUAGUUCUAAUAAUGAUUUUCUUGUCCAGAAUUCCUCACAGCCUUCUUGUAUGAUCACAUUGAUCUGUGUGGCAUUGACCAUGGGGGAGAUGAAACUUCUGGGGUCAGGAGAAUACUCAUUCUUUGCUAAAGAAAUAAGCUAGCUUGCCUGUGCUUGAAGUAGGCAUAUUUUAAAGUAUUUAUUGCAGUUGCCAACUAGUAACUGGGUGGAAAAGUUGAUCUCCCAGCAAGAAAUGAAAAGUGAUUUGGUUGCUGACUUUAAUGUGUUCGGAGGCUCUUAGAGUUUUAUGUCCGUGACUCAUGUUACGAAGUUCAAAUCAAUUAUGAUCUGAUUCAGGCACGUAACUGAACUGUACUGGGAGAAGAACGUGCAGAAAUGUCUGCCACGUGUUUUAGACCUUGUUUGGGCAUCCAUGUUUAAGUCAAAGCCUCAGAGGUGUGGCGUGGGGGUGCCUGAUGGAGCCGGCAGCUUGUUAGACGAGUUUCAAGGCUCACUGAAAGUGGUCUUGUUCUAGGCUUUGAUCCUACUGAGAAACCACACAGGAUUCAUCAGAAAAGGCAGCCACACUUGUCAAUGCAAGCAUCAUUUAAAAAAAAAAAAUGUCAUUAUUGGCAUGGUGGCGCAUGCCUACAGUCCCAGCUACUCAAGAGGCUGAGAAAGAAGAGUCCUUUGAGCCUAGGAGUUCAAACUAGCCCAGGCAAAAUGGUGAGACUCAGGGUGGUUUGGUUUUGUUUUGUUUGUUUUAAUAUUAGUCUUAAAUUCGGAGGCGGAUGGGCAGGCUGUGAUUGGGAGUACUGGAAAAAUCUUUCACCUUCGAAGUUGAUUAGAUCUAAACCAACCAUCCAUAAGUAAAUACAAAAAUAUCUAAAGCCUUUCUACUUCCCAGAAGUUGGACUUUGUAUGCACUUUAUAAGCUAGAGGAGAACAAAGACACACUUCCUACUUUGGGUAUCAAACCUGUGAAGCAGACUCCGAGAGACCAGAGGAUUCCCCCGGAAGCCUAGCGCAGUGACCCGCGUGCAGAUUCGGCCACACCAACCCUGUUUCAUGCCUUAGUUGAAGCCAAAGUAGAAAUUUGCCUCUAAUGUCCAAAUCUCAAUUCAUAUCACUGUGCCUUAUUCUUAAAGGAAAAUAAUUAUAAUUUUACAGUUUCCUCCUACUAACUAAAGGAAUGGAUUUUAGUUUGCAUGUAAGUAACAUUCUUUAAUUUCCAAAGUGCUUUUUCUUUUUUUUUUUCUGGAAAGAAAAUAGACUUAGUUCCAACAUAAUUAAAUGUAGCCUCAGAAAAAUCAUCUUGAUUGACACUGGUAUCGCAAAUUACAGACAGGAGGCAGCAUGACAUCCGGCUUUUUUUUUUUUUUUUUUAAGACAACCAGUGCAUGUUUACUAAAGUACAAGGUGAAGGAGCGAGAAGAUGCUUUUGUUCUAUGGUUGUGUUUAACACCUCCAGCCCUGGCUGUCUGAUGUUUUUGUCUGGGGUUUCCUGGACCAUCGAUUGCCUUGGUUUUUUUUAAUUCGCUGAAGGAAGAGCAUGAUGUGUUGCCUUUCCUGAAUCAGCUGUGCACCUGGUGGACAAGACAACAUAGUUUCUUUGAGCCUGGGUAAACACUGACUCUCAGUUCGCGACCCGCACGCUUAGGUUCAUUCUAGAGCCCCUCCUGCCUUCCUUCUUCCUGCUUGCCUUCCUCACUUCCCCCGGAAGGGGUGGUGCUCAAGCCCAGGGCCUCCAAGGCUGUGAGGCCUUUGUUCUGCUGAUGAGCUACAAUCCCCAACCCCAAAAGACUAUUUUUUUUAUAGCAUGCAUCACACCCUUUAUGGGGCAGGUGAGUGAUUAGGCGUCCUGCAUGCUGACUUGUUCUCUGUCCUUCUAGGGUUUUCCAUACCUUCCUGUGUUUGCUUCUCGGUGGAGCACAGCAAGUCCUUCUAGAGCUUCCGCACCGGUUAUAGGGAAGAAUUGCUUCCCUUCCCUCACGUCUUCCAAUCGUAGUUUUGAAAACUGGGGUAUUUCUUGACAAUUUGGUUAUUAUGAACACACACAGGGAUACCAAUCUCCAUUGUACAUACACGCACACACACACACACACACACACACACACACACACGCUGCAAAUUAGGAACUUCAAGAUUCAAUGGAGUGGGUGUUAGUCAGGGAGUUUCCAUCUUGACAUGUUGGCAUUCUGAGUUGGGUGUGUCCAGGCCGUAUUAUGUAUUAUUUAGCAGCAUUGUUGACUUCUAGUCACAAAUCCCAAAUCAUCUCCCUAACCUAUGACAACCAAACGUUCCUCUAGACAUUGUCAUGUGUUCCCUGUGGGUACCCCUCUCUACUUCUAAAACCAUGAACUACAACCAUAUUUAAAUAUUAUUGAUGGACCUGCCCCGCCCUCAGCCCAAUAGUGGCCUCUAUUCUGCAAGAUUCAUAGCCUCUGUCUCCCACCUUGGCCUGGAACUCUCCCUCCUGCAGCCCCAGCCUCCUGAGUUCAGGGUUUAUAGGCAUCUGCCACCACACUUAGAUCAGGAUUUACUGUUUACAAGCAGUAUUUUCAAAGGUCUCUCGUUUGUUGUGCUGAGACUAGAAGGCACCCUUUCUCCACGGACAUGCGCUUGGAGUGAAGCUCUUAGUAACCCGAGGCAGCCAUUGACCACAUGGUGAGCUUGAGACUAGCCCUUCUGCAUGAGACGUGAGUUAGGUUACACUUUUUAUUUGGGGUUUGAAUCUGGUUAGUAAUCACUGACAGCGUGCCUUCUCUAUAGCUCUGUCAUUGCCUUAUGUCUUGUCACCUUUGGUGCUUCUGAGUUUAUUUCCACUCAAGUGACCAUGAGUGGGAACGAGGUGAUCAAACCAGGAAGACAGCCUCUUACGCAGAACCUGUAUCAGAUCCAAAUCUUCAGUGUAUAAAAUGUUCUUAGAAUUUGGAAAAUAUAUGUUUUCUGGCAUUUCCUCUCUUUCUAACUACCCUAGCCUGACCCAAGACUUUUCUUAUUUACAUGGAUUUUUCUUAGCUAGGUGGGACUGGAGCCUUCAGGCCAGAGACUCUGAACAGACUCUGAAUUGGAGUGAGCACUAUCCAAAAAGGAUUGACAAGGGAGAGCCGUCCCUUCCUGGAGGCUCGAGGUUAUGUUACAGUAUUGUGGAGUUUUGUUGCUUAAAAAUCCUCCUUCUCUUCUCAAGGGCAAGAUUACCAAAGUAUAACGUCACAUUUGGGGGCAGGGUUGUUAAAACUUUAGCGUUUCAAUAACCUCUUGCUAGUUGUAUGGGAACCCCCACAAUGGAUGUACACGUACACACCUGUCUCAGGUGAAGAGCAUUCGAUGGUGCUGUAAAUGAAAUGUUUUGAAAACUAGAAAUGCCAAUCAGAUGUUUGUGGAAAUUAAAAAGACAGCUCGAAGCA